AUGCAAUGCUCUUCGAGUCCCUCACGAGAAGAGAAGCCACUGGGCAACUGUUGUGCGCGAUCGGGACAAAUGGAAGUAUUACUGGUGCCAACUCGAGCAAAUCGAUUAACAAAGGGAGCACAGAGUACAAGUGAUACGGGAUCGCUAGUAUCCCUCGUGUCGAAAAAUGCUCCUGGGAUCAUGCGUGCUGAAUGGAGGUGUGUCACUGCUGUGGACGAGAAGAACUAUGAGAUAGGAAAAGCACAAGGAGUGUUUGAAGCUGAAGUUCGAAUGUUCUCAAAAUGUAGAACUGACGCGUUUAGGAAGAUGUCUAUGAAAUGUUUCGCCCUUAGUUUAUAA